AUGGCCGCUUUGAGCAACAUUACAAACACAAGGGAGCUUGAACGUCAACUGUCCGCCAUUACAACUGCCCUUGGGCAUAGCAACAAUGCCGACGACAACUGGCAAGAUCAAGAAAAGGCAUUGCAGACUUUACACAGCAUGUUGAAUGGAGACAAGGCAUGGAAAGACUCGAUCGUACGCGAGAUGCGCGCGCUAUCCAGUGGCGUAGUACAAUGUGUGGGUAGUCUACGAACGUCGCUAUCUCUUGCAGGCAUCAACGUGAUCGCCGACCUUGGGAAGCAUCUUGGAUACGACAUUGAUAUUUAUACGCAUGAUACGUUGUUGUUGUGCUUGUUGCGAUGCGCCUCCUCCACGAAACGAAUGAUUGCAACGAAUGCCAUGGAAGCGACUCGAUCCUUUUUAUCGAAUACGCCUUAUCGACAUCGAACACUUCAACAUGUCAGCGCCCUGAUGAACGAUAAAAACGUACAGGCACGUCACCACGCCAUGUUGCAUUUACAAACGAUCUUGGAGACCCAUGCAUCCCAUAUUGACAACAUUGACAACAUUGAAACGUGCCUGACAAAAGGAUUGGUGGAUGCUGCACCUUCAGUACGAGAAGCAAGUCGAAGUCUUUAUUCCCUAUUUCAAACCCAUUGGCCUGAACGUGCAUCAAGAUUGAUCCAAGGAUUUGAUCCUGUUACACAGAAGCAGCUUUCAAAAUUGGAGCCCAAAAGGACACCAUCAUCACAACAACAACCUGCUACGGCUCUUUCAUCAAAAUCGAGAAUACGCAGCAUCAGUCAUCCACCGCCAUCACCACAACCAACACAUUCUUCUCAAUCAACAAUACCACGACGACGUAGACUUACUCGAUCGACAUCAACAAUUCCUCGCAAACGAUCAUUGGAAAAGGAAGAGGAGGAAGAGGAAGAGGAAGAGAAGAAGGAUAAGGAUGCAGCAGCAGCAGCAAUAGAGACACCGAAUGAUGAAGUGGAUAGGAGGAUGUCACUCGCAUCACUCAGUUCAGCAGCAUUACUGGGAAUGUUGAAUAGCAACGAUGCUACAAGCAAUUGCCGUGCGAUUCGAAUGCUUGCAGGGAAAUUGAAACAUUAUCCAUCCUCGCCUUUACCACGUGACAUUCCUGAUAUCGGUACGCUUGUCCCUAUUCUCCUCAACUAUCUCACUACACGUUACGACGACCUCAUUCUUCAUGAGACACUCACAUCUUGGGAUUGCCUUGCUGGAAUUUUUACACGUGUGCUUUCCUUGGAGCAGUAUCUUCCUAUCAUGAUUUCAGCAAGUCAAAAUGACGAGCUUGUACCGAGCGCUACAAGGUCUCUUUACACCAAAGGUCUCGCACGUCUCAAAUUCUUUCUCAACCAUCAAGAUCCACAGAUACCAGGACGACUCGUUCAUCUUUUAUCCUCUCUACGACAUGAUCCAUCACCUUGCAGGCAGUACUUUUUGGAAUGGCUUGAUGAGCUUGUAUGCACCUUUGUCGGAUUGGAGAUUGACCAAGAUACGGCGAUUUGCCAAGAAGGGAAAUCAUGGCUAUCUGGCAUGAGCGACCAACAGCAACCAUGGUUGGAGGAGGGGAGCAAUAUUCGUCAAUGCCUUGUAUUGAUUCUUUCGAUGCUGCAAGAUGCCACACAAGAUCCUUCAUCCGACUAUUACACACGUCUCGUUUUGCUCGCAGGUCGAUUGAAAUUGAGUAAUGAACAUGUCUUCGAUUUGGUGUCUGGGGACUUUGAAAAAGCAGUGGAGAAAAUGAGUAUAAGGCAAGGUCAACAUGACAACAACAACAACACCAGCAGCUCGGUGGGUAUCACAGCAUUAGAGGAGGAGCAACAACAGCAGCGGCAGCCUGAAAAGGAUAAUACCCUAGCGGAUACUUUAUCUGCCGAUGAAGAAAAGCCAACUGCGGGGUUGAUCCAAAUACGAAUGCAAAAGCUAGCCGAAUGUAUUCGUCAUUUACAGCAAAAAGAAGAAGAACCUUCCGAAGCUAUCUUUCGACAACUGGAGGCUUUAUCAGAUGCUACACCUGUUAUCCAACGUCAUCAUAUUUAUUCGGGUGAAGGUGAUUUAUGGAUUGGUCCGAUCGAACCAAGGAACGAUACCGGGAAAAUGUACCUUUCGCUUAUGGAAUGUAUCAUCACGCUUUUGCAAUCCACGUCGCACAAUGUCCAAAUCAAGAUUCAAGCAAUCGGGCUUGUCAAACGGCUAUUGAACAACCAAUCGGCCGUGUUCAGCUAUUAUCAAGAGAAUGGGAAAAAACAUGGUGAUCCAACGGCGUGUAUAGCUUAUCCAUUGGCAAAGGCGCUAUUGACCGGGAUAGAAAAUGAUCGGAAUCAAGAGAUGGCUUGUGAAGAAGUUCUCGAUUCAUUAUUAAUCAAGAUCCCAGAGGAGAAUGAACGAAUUCGAUUACUAUGGUCCCUUUUGAACGAGCGAGAACAAGACAACAAGGCCUUGGCCGUAUUGCUUAUCAGGAUUGGUCAGCUAGCACCCAACAUCCCGAAACAUGCACUGAAAGAAUUGCUGGAUAAACAAGCUGUCACUACUGCUAUUUUGAUAAAGAGUGGUUAUCAUUCAGAGACCAGUGUACGAGUGGCAUGGAUGCAAGCCAUUGUUGGUAUUCACAAGACACUUGGAGAUGAAUUCUUUGUGGGCUAUCUUACACCUUUGCUCAGGGUCGAUCAACUUGGUCUGGUCAAACAUUACAUUAGCCAAAACGUGGUCUCCGAAUAA